ACUAUGCCUGUUCUUUUGAAGUCAUGUUUUUUAAUUGUACUUUCUCUUUUUGUUUUAAAAAUCUCAGCCUUGACUUUCAAACGCAACAUCCGUCCUAAGAUUUCUGGAGCAAAAAAAUUUGUUUUAACUGCGAGCCAGAAUAGAGCAAUCAACACACCCAAGCUGGAUUUCAAGCCUACUGGAAAAGAACCGCAAACUGGUGCAAUUGAGAAGCAAAUUAUUGGCGGCAGGAAAGCACAGCAAAAGAAAUUCCCAUGGCAAAUUCAUCUUAAUGCUGAUGACAGCUGGGUUUGUGGAGGAUCAAUUAUCUCCAAAAAUUGGGUUGUAACAGCCGCACAUUGUGUGGAUGGAGGUACUUCUUUCGUAAUCAGUGCCGGUGGCAUUGACAUCACGUCAAAUGAGACCGGCGAAAUUGUGCAAACGUCAACGGAAGCAAUUGUGCAUGAAGCCUACGAUGCAACAAACAUCACAAAUGAUAUUGGACUCAUUAAGCUGCCAAACCCAUAUACCUUGAGCACUAACAUUUUCUUCAUCAAACUCCCAAGUAUGGCUGAGGCGAGUAAAACAUUUGUCAAUGCAUUGCUGACCGUCAGUGGCUAUGGCAUGACACGAAACACCGGACCUGCAAGCAAUUACUUGAGUUUUAUUGAUGUCAAGGUCAUAUCAAACACGGCUUGUUCAAAUAGUUUUGGCGCUCCAAUUCCUUCUACGAACAUUUGCACAGCAAAGUAUGAUUUCAAGCAAAUUUGCAGCGGAGAUAGCGGCGGGCCAUUGGUUCAAAAACGAGCUGACGGUCACGUCCUGAUUGGAAUAGUGUCUUUCAGUGGAGACAUAUGUACAGAGUCUCCAGCAGGCUUCACCAGAGUCACUAGUUUUCUUGGCUGGAUUUCAAGCCAGACUAAUAUUAAAGUUAAUGAAAAUUGAUUUCAA